AUGGUGAUUUCGUGCCGGAGAGAUAGAUCUAAAAUGUGGAGGGUGAGGUGUAGAGGUGGCCAGUGGACUGGAGAGCUGCCGAACUCUGACGACUGCCCAUCGGUUAAAGGGUUUACGAUGAUCAUCGUCUGCGUCAUAGCCAUUCUUUUUGCUCUCUGCAUCCUAAUUGUCGGAUUAGUUGCCUUUAAAUGUGUGAGAAAGAAACAACAGCGCAACAAGACUGAUCAUCAUCAACAACAACAACAGCACGAAACUUCAAUGAGAUACGCAUACAACCAACAGCUCCUGCAACAACAGCAACAACAACAACAACAACAACAACAACUUCAACAACAUUCAAAACACGUAAACAUGUACCCUAGCGAUAGCACACCUCUCAACAACUACAACAUCAUCGGCAACCAGACCAACAACAACAACAGCAAUGACGUCAUCGUCGAUAGUAGCCAAGCGUACCCAGGGUUCUUCCAGGCACCCAUCCGAGCAAACUCCAUCCAUUCAUUAGAUGAGGGAUUGCACAGAAACCAAGAAAAUACAUACUCCUCAAUAUCGGAAAUCACCACGCAAAUUGCAGAAAUGAACGCGACGCAAUUGAACCCUGUGGCUGGUGAAGCUGCGAUGUUUACUUCAGCAGAAACAGCCACAACGACGAAUCAACAACAGCAACUUCAACAACAACUUCAACAACAAUUUCAACAACAACUUCCAACAUUAAGACAGCAGCGACCAGCACUUUUUCAACAGAUGAACGACAAUAGCGACAACGAAAAUUUACAAUUCCUAACACAGAAAUCGAAAUUAAUUCUUGCAGCUGCCACCACAGCUACCACGACAACAACUGCGAUUAAGAACGGAUUUACUCAAAUCGAAAAACACAUUUGAGGAUAUAAUAUGAGAGAUUUUUUUUUCCUUUUUUUUUCUUGUCCCUUUAAUUGUAUUUAUGAUUUUAUUCAUUAUUAUUAUUUUUGUUAUUAUCAUUAUUAUUAUUAUUAUUAUUAUUACACACGCAAGUUUAAAGUAAAAAUCUCGUCUGAAAAUUAUGUAAUAUUAAUAAAUAUCCUAGUUAAAAAAAUAUUUUUCGCUAUCAUGUUGUUAGUAGUCUGUGUAUAUAAAUACAUUUUGUUUGAUUUGUUUGUAUGUUUAUCAAUUUAUUCAAUCUUUUACAUGUUCAUUCAUUUACGGUUGAAUAAAUGAAUGAAUGAAAAAAUGAAUGAAUGAAGGAACGAAGGAACAAACGAACGAAUGAAUGACUGAAUGAUUGAUUGAAUGAAGGAAGGAAUAAACGAAGAAUAUUGGACAAAGAAACCACCAAACAAAUAAACAAAUGAAUGAACGAA